CGCGUGCUGUGUGUGUGGGCAGUGGUAGUGAAGUGGUUAGCGCACGGCCAACAUUGGUAACGAUUAACUGAACCGGUCUUGGGUCUUCACAGGUAGACCCAACCUGAAUCAAGUACCUGCUACGCCACUGGGUCUGCCCCGUGAGCUGCUUGCCCUGUGAACAAGGCGACACUUCACCUGCCCGUGUGUGUGUAGUAGACUGGCGUGAUGCGUUUGUGGUGCGCUGCCCGAAGGCUGACACCAGCUCUCCUGUUCCCCUUCAGGGGACAGGUGACCACGCGAUUACACACGCGUGGAUUUUCCAAGGCUUCCAAAGAGAUACAGUUCAGUUUGCGAACUCGAAUCUUGGUGACAGCAGGGAUUGGAUCGGCCUUCUUCGGGUGGUGGGUGUAUUUGCGGUAUGAAAAACAAGGUUUGAAUGAUCACAUCGUUGGGCUGGGAGGUGUGAAAUUUGAACUGACCGAUCAGAGUGGACGCAAGGUUAAGGGUCACGACCUCCUGGUCGGUCAGUGGAGCUUGCUCUACUUUGGCUUCACGCACUGCCCCGAUGUGUGUCCAGAGGAAAUGGAGAAAGUAUCGGGCGUCGUACACACCCUAGACAAGGACACGAACCUGCCCAGGGUGCAGCCUGUGUUCGUGACGAUCGAUCCGCAGAGGGACGACGUCGCGGCUGUAGCACAAUACAUCAAAGAUUUCCACCCACGGCUGGUCGGCCUGACCGGCUCUCCGGAGCAGAUCUCGGCGAUCUCAAAAGCCUACCGCGUGUACGCCCAGCCCGGCCCACGUGACCCCACCGACCAGGAGUACGUGGUGGACCACUCCAUCAUCACCUAUCUCAUCUGCCCGCACGGCGCCGUGCUCGAGUUUUACAACCGCUCCGUGGAGGAGGCCGACAUGGCAGAGAAAGUGCGCCAACGCUUGCGCGCACAUCGCCUCUGACCCCGUCUCCAUGGCAGCACCAAGCCAACGGUCAGGGUUGGGGCACCUCUGACCCUGUCUCCAUGGCAGCACCAAGCCAACGGUCAGGGUUGGGGCACCUCUGACCCUGUCUCCAUGGCAGCACCAAUCCAACGGUCAGGGUUGGGGCACCUCUGACCCUGUCUCCAUGGCAGCACCAAGCCAACGGUCAGGGUUGGGGCACCUCUGACCCCUGUCUCCAUGGCAGCACCAAUCCAACGGUCAGGGUUGGGGCACCUCUGACCCUGUCUCCAUGGCAGCACCAAGCCAACGGUCAGGGUUGGGGCACCUCUGACCCUGUCUCCAUGGCAGCACCAAGCCAACGGUCAGGGUUGGGGCACCUCUGACCCUGUCUCCAUGGCAGCACCAAGCCAACGGUCAGGGUUGGGGCGUGGGUCCAUCUUUAUCCGAUCAAGUUUUGGUUUUAAAUUAUUAACAUUUUUACGUGCCAUACAAACAAACGUCACGGCCGUUUGUUGAUCUAUUGGAUGAAUGACUCCUGAAACACCGUUUUUGCGUCGGUCAUGGGGGUUACGGUCACCAGCACUCCACCACGAACCACCUACGGUACAUUCAAUUAUUUGGCUGCCACCGGCCUCUGUUGCCCAGAACGUAGCCGCGCGAUGUCCAGCACCGACCGGUUCAGAUCUCACUCGCCACCGACGUUACCUGUGGCCGGGAAUCAACCUCGGCUAGCAGGGUUUUACAGCACAAUGCUGUGUUAGAGGAACCCCAGUGAGGGAUGGGUGGCGCAAUGGUCACAAUGAUACAAGAGGUGAUCCCUGACACUUGCGAUGCGGUCUGGACCAUUAUAAUGAUGGAAGGACGUCUGUGUUGAGAAGCGCAGCGGUGCGUUGGUCGUUCACUUGCACUACGAACUUGGCAAUCCGAGUUAAAUUUUGAUUUAAAGCUUUCGUGACUGCAGUAAUUCAUAUUCUUAGUUCUUUCGGUAAACGUGACUUUACCGAAAGAACUAAGAAUAUGAAUCCGAGUUCAAUUCCCAUGUAUGUCUCAGCCUAACGUUUAUGGUGAAUUAUGAUCAAAUAACCUCCAUGACCGACACGGUGUAGGGAAGCCUUCAUCCAGCAGUGGAUGAGACAAAGGACUGUAUAUUAUCAUUAAGUUCAAUACUGUUGGAAUUGUUUAAAAUACAUAUCAGUUAUUGAUGUGUACCUCUGAUGCUGGAAACAGGUGUUGUGGCUUAAUACAUAGUAACUGUGUGGUGCGUUUGUAAUUGUAAUGUUGAGGCUGUACAAAAACAUAAAGAGACCAAGGUUUUAGAUGGGAAUGUCUUGUGCAUUUUGUAUACACAGCAGUGUCAUACGCAUACAGGCCUACCUGUCACAGUGGGUGAAGUUACUCUUUCCACCAUUGCAAGCUUUGUAAUGUGACCAGGUAGCUCCCACUGCAGGGAAUAAAUAGGUCAAAGUUUGUGUUCAAGGUUAUUUAUAUUGUUACUCUCAGGAGUUGAUCACUCCAUGGACAAAUUCUUGAACUUUAAAGGCAUUCCUUAAAAAAAAAACCUACCAUGAGCAAGAAUUAACGGAGCCCUAUUCUUAAUUGCACUCAGCCGAAUUCCUUAAGUGGUGAACAUGUAGUGCUUUACUUUAAUCACUUUGUGUUAUUUUUCAGCGUGAUGCUUUACAUCCGUGUACUAUUUAUUUGGUGCCAUUUUCAACAACUGUAAAGUACCGUGGUUUACUUUCUACUUGUUUUUAAUCCACAUCUCCCAUGCAGAAGAAGCUUCACCCGUCAUGCUUAACCAAUGUGCACUACGCCCCCAGCUCCACUGCAGCAAUCCCGAGAUUGCGCGAUGCCUCGCAGCAGUUGUGCAAUCGCAACAUGGCGAUGUAUCGGUGGGAAGUAGCCCUUCUUCACAGAAGGCAGUGGUAUUGACUAAUGUUUUCAGUUUGUUUGUUUGUUAUUUAUGCUCGUGUGCAUCGCUGCCAACGUAGCACUACCAAAUUGUUUAAUCACAGUCGAGGCGGUCGCCCGCUUUUAGCUUUUACGAUGUCACAAUGCGUUCCUGGAAUCCCUGUCAUAAAUCGGACCCGAUUGUCGCCAUAGUAGAAACGGUAUAAACUUUGCUUGCCGAUGUGUUUUUACUUUUUGUAAGCCACAUUUAACAGGGUUUAAGAGGUAAAAAAAAUCCACAAAAACACUGGAGAAUAACAAAAGCUCCGAACCAAGUGACAUUGGAAACCGGACCGGUUUCAAAUGUGUUUGGAGUUGUCAGAGGAUGUGUCGUGAAUCAUGUUCUGCGUAGUAAAUGGAGAUCGUCGUGAAUUUCACUGUCCGCCUGUAUGGUGAUUACAGGACCAUGUGGUGCAUCGUGAAUCAAGUUCUGCGUAGUAAAUGUAGAUCGUCGUGAA